AUGCCGCCAUUGGCCAUACCGCGGGAUGGCACCCAGGUUGGCGUCAGACAACCCUUCCCGAGGCAGGCCCCUCUAACAACGCACUCUCCUUACGAAGACGACUCGGACGAGGAAUAUGACAUCUGGCUUGACCAGGUAGAUGCAGAGGCGGCACGGCCUACGGAUGUCAGUAUCGCCCAAGUGGACAAGACGGUGCGCGCAGCUAGAAACCGUCUGCAUUCCGAAUUCGGCAGCGCAAACGUGGAAGACUAUGAAAGGGAGGCUAUAGAGGCGCCGUUGAGAGAGUGGAGGAUCAAGGUGACGAAGCCCUUGCUAGGAUUCCAGCAAGCCCAGGUACUUGCGGAUUCGACUGAAUGCCAGAUGUGCUUCGAGAGCUACGGCGUCGAGACCCCCGAGGGGAUCAGCGAGGUGGCCCUGCAGCUCCCGUGCAAACAUGUUUUUGGCGACCAAUGUAUGCAAAGGUGGCUCGCGGAAUCCAGGCACAUGGAAUGCCCGUAUUGUCGAGCUCGGCUGGUUCCGUCUGUGCAAAAGCACGGGCGUUGCAUCGCCACGAGCUGGCUGCGAAAUAUGGCGCAGUACUUUCGCGAGAUCCAGUCAGUCAGACGUCAGCUCUUGGAUAGACGCGACGACUCAGAAGACCGAGCAUCACGACGAUUGAUUGACGCGGCAUUACGGGCUAGGCGUGCGAGGUACGCCGCGCUGGCCGAGAACCGACCAUCUUCGCGUCGCAGAAUCACCUUGUCCGGGCCACACCAGGCGGCUUCAACUCAGCAGCGUCCCCUGACGUCCCCUGGCAAUACCAGUGGCGCUGAAAGCACGCGCACAUUCCGACGAAGCCAAGGCCAAAGCAUACAUGAAGAUCACACAGCUACGCCGCAGACAGAGCUGUGGACUGCGUCUGCCGAAGAGCAGUACCAACUAGAGCGCAGCUCUGUACAAAACCGUGCACCACUUGGCCAGACCCCUGUCAAUGGCCAACUCCCGCUGCCGAGCGCAGGCUAUCUAGGAUUGCCCGAUGCCUUGCCCGCUCCUGGUUCUAUCUACGCCACGAAUUUCGAUGAGAGCCAGGCCGCUCUCCCGCGUGGGGACUUGUUCUUUCCCUCCGGAGUGCCAUAUGAAGGCUACAUAGGCCGCAACGGCGUCUGGGGUGCAGAAUCCUCCGGUGCCCUGGCGGACCCGAGUCUGUCAUCGGAAGCGGGUCAGGGCUAUUACUAUGCCGUGCAAUUCAACUACUACAGCACUUUGGGCAUGCCGCGGCCCAGCGCCAGCAAUAACCCCAGUCACUCUCAUGGCGACGAUGUCAUGAAUCCGUCCUAG